CACCAGCGUGCUUUAGACUCUGGCACAGCAGACAAAUACUAUAAGUAGCUGGAGUCGCAGAAGGCUUUAAGUACUUUUAUGUCAUUUUUUCAAAGCUGUCCAUCAUGUCGGUGCGCAAUUGCGCAGCAAGGAACCCCUGAGCUGAGACCGGUGGCAUGAGCAGGAAAAAACUACCGCAGCGCCUCCAGAUCACAAACCUCCUGCUGUGACCCCGUUCCCACAAAGACAGACUGCCAAUUUGUCUCAGAACAACCAGGUGAGCUGUUUCUACAUGGAUUCUACAUGAAUUCCCAACAACCCAAUUGUCGACGCUUCUGGACAGAUCGCCUCGUUUGUUGAAGAUAUUUGGAUCCUGGGAGUAGUGAGGAUCACGAUGUGCUGGACUCGUACAGGCUGUGACUGCAACUCACGAUGACAGUUUGCAACAGGACGGUGGAUGCACUUUUCAAAAGUCGGGAUAUUUGAGAGGAAGCGUCAUGGACGCAGCGGACAUAGUUGCUUCUGUGUUGGUGUUAGGGAUCAUUGUCGUGUCGCUGCUGUCCAACGUUGUGGUGCUGAUCUGCUUUCUGUACAACCCGGAGAUCCGCAAACAGGUACCCGGUCUUUUUAUUCUCAACUUGACGUUUUGCAACCUGUUGCUGAGCGUGUCCAACAUGCCACUAACUCUGGUCGGGCUCGUCACCACGGGCCACCCCGGAGGCAGCAGCUUCUGUCAGAUUGUGGGUUUCCUCGACACUUUUCUCACCACGAACUCCAUGCUCAGCAUGGCAGCUCUCAGCAUCGACAGAUGGGUGGCGGUGGUGUUCCCGCUGAGCUAUCACUCCAGAAUACGGCACCGAGAUGCGGUGAUAGCGCUGGGAUACACGUGGAUACACUCGCUGUGCUUCUCCACAGUGGCCACCUGCCGCUCCUGGGUCGGCUACCACCAGCUUUACGCAUCGUGCACUCUCUGCAAUGUGAGGGCGAAGGGAGCCGGGACGCAGUUCAUGGUUUUCACGGUGGCUUUGCACUCUCUCACUUACCUCCUCACGCUGAUCGUGUUGUGUGUAACGUAUCUGAAAGUGCUAAAAGUUGCAAGGUUUCACUGUAAACGCAUCGACGUCAUCACUAUGCAGACGUUGGUGCUGCUGGUGGAUAUUCAUCCCAGCGUGCGGCAGAAAUGCUUGGAUGAGCAGAAGCGGAGGAGGCAGAGGGCCACCAAGAAGAUCAGUACAUUCAUCGGCACAUUUGUGGUGUGCUUCACGCCUUAUGUCAUUACAAGAAUUGUAGAGCUCUUCUCUCCGGGGCCCAUAAGCCCUCACUGGGGUGUGCUGUCCAAAUGCCUGGCCUACAGCAAGGCGGCCAGCGACCCGUUCGUCUACUCACUGCUGCGUCACCAGUACAGGAAGACCUGCAGUCUUCUGGCUAACAAAGUCCUCAAGAGGAGUCCACUCAACUCCUCUUCCUCCCACGGGACUCAGAACAAUGCAGGGAGGAGCGACAGCAACUCCAAUGCAACCAACAGCGUCCAACCAGCCACCGACAAGCCGCCCGGCCAGUGAAGGUCGCAACUUACAGACACAGUAAGGGCACUUUGGAUGUCUUGGAUUUGACAUCUUACCUUGAGCUUGUGAGAAAUGGCAGCAGAUUGACCUCUCUCUGAUUGACCUCAGAGUGAACAAGUUUGUCACCUAAUUACUUGAGGAAGGACAAGACUGGCAGUAGUCUGUAUUUUUUAUUAUUUUGUUAUCAUCAACAAAUUUAGUGAAAAGACCAAAACCGACAAUGUAUUAAUCCAUUUGUCAAUACUUAGACUUUCUGAUGUACUCAGCUAAUUUAUCCGUGCUGAGAACAUGAUUUUUUUUAAAAGUAGUCACAAAUUAACACAGAUUUUUUUUUUUUUUUUUUAAAAAAAGGACAGAUCAUUUGUGUAAACAGCUGGGUACUGGGUUUUGUUGACUACUUUCAGCUGCAGCAGGAUAUAGAAAAUCACCAGCCUUAUCCUUCAAAAAAGAAUCGGCCGGCAUCUAUUGUAGGUUCUGUAUGUGUGUGUGUAGGGUGUAAUGGUAUUUAGUAUUUAAUACAAGUAUAAAACAGUCUUUUUCUACAAAAAGUGACAGUUUCUGAGGUAGUUUUGUAGCAUACUGGUAAAUUUGUGUCUGUGUAAAAUGGAAAACAACAUUACAGUGACUACUUUUAAACUGCAGUGCACGUGUUGCUACAUCUCCAAAAUCCAGAAAUCAGGAGUCCAUUACCUCAAAUUGGUAGAAGUUGUGUGAUUUUUUUCAAAAGACACUGAUUAGGCCUUUAAAUAUAAUAUAGUUAAAUAUAAAGUGUUACAUCCCAUGAAUGGCUGCACAUCUUGAUAAAAAUUCAAGCCUAACUUCUGACCUCAGUGAUGACUAUCAAGCUGGAUAAAGUGCUGUAUGUGUUCAUGGAGUGAUUUACAACAGAAGGUUGUUUUGACAGUGCCAUUGUGGCACCACACUGAUGGUGAAAUUACUGUGUAUCGUAACUGUGAGGCCUGAGUUCUAAAGUGCCUUGUAGACUGUGAAUUCUCUGAUUUAAUCGAAACACAACACCGUUUGCAUAUUUUCAGUAUUUUGUGCUAUGGUUAAGUGUGAUGAUGAAGUCAGUUUGUUAGUUUUUAGGUAGCAUUUAUUUUGUAAUUCAGUCUCAUUGUUUUGUUGCAUCAGACAAAAUCGGGUGAAAUGCUAUUUGAAUGUGGUAGCAACUAUUCAGUGAUUUGUAAUUAACAUUCCAGCUCAUGUCAUAUGAGUGGCUGUGUGUCAUCUGAGUUGUAAAAAUGAUUUAUUUUGACAACACUGGCAAAUCAGGAUGUUGUGUUUUUACUUUACUGUGACUCUAUGAAGCCUUUAGGAGGCAGGAAAAAACUAUUUAUUUUUUGUCAAAACUGUCUGAUUUUUGCUAAAUACAUUUGUGAUUUUAAUGCAAUAAAUGCUGUGCAUUUUGACAUUUUAAA